AUGGUACUACGAAGUUCGCAUACUGGAAGGCUGCGAUCAGAUCAAUUUUAUCGCACCACAUGGGGAAAUACCCAUCGCAGUUCAAGGGCAUGUGAGGUAUGUGAGGCAUAUUUUUCUGCUUACUCGGCACGCAGGGUUGGAUUCGCAUGCCGAUACCAAAAAUUCCAAGUGCCUAUCGGGUAUAAUAAUUUCGGAUACGCACUAUCGGACGUUGACGGGACAGUGGUCAAUGGCGGCUCAAAGAAGCCCUACGCAAAGCCUUUCGGCCCGGGUGACGUAAUUGGGUGUUACCUUAGUCUGGGAGAGCCCACCGGUGUAAUACCUGACCCAAGGAAAGACCUGAAGCUGCUAGAGCACCUGCAGACUGGAAUAUUAUGCGAUCCCAGAGAUCCGCCAGCCAUGGAGCUGAAUGCGGGAUCAUACGUCGAGUUUUCUAUCAACGGGGAAAAGUUCGGCAAGUGUGAACUCAAGGUAUGGGAUGGGUAUUACCACCCUGCCGCGGCCCUCUACAUGGGAGCCACAGUAAAAUUCAAUUUCGGGCCUGACUUUGAUUUUCCGCCGCCUGACGAUUUCAACCCGUGCCAGCAAAUGACGUUACCGGAAGUGCUCUGA